AUGAGCUUCCUGCUUCUGCUAAACUGGCUUGGGGUACUUGUGUCUUUCCCUGGACUCACCCAAGCUGAGCAUCAUUCAAAUCACAACCCCCCAGAGGUGGUCAUCCCUUUGAAGGUAACCAGCAGUGCCAGAAGCAAAAAGCCUUCAGGCUGGCUCUCCUACAGCCUGCGCUUUGGGGGCCAUAGACACAUUGUCCACAUGAAAGUCAAGAAGUUCUUGCUGUCCAAACAUCCCACACUGUUCACCUACACAGAGCAGGGUGCUCUCUUAGAGGACGAGCCUUUUGUGCAGAAUGACUGCUAUUAUCACGGCUUUGUGGAGGGGGACCCAGAAUCCCUGGUUGCUCUCAGCACCUGCUUUGGAGGCUUUAAAGGAAUGUUACACAUAAACAACGUCGCUUAUGAAAUCAUGCCCGUGGUGUUCUCUACCACGUUUGAACAUCUGGUAUACGAGAUGGAAAGUGAGGAAACACAAUCCCGUACUUUGAGAUCUGGCAUCAUACAAGACGAAAUAAUGGGUCAAGAGCUUGAUGAUUCCACUCUGAAGCAAAGUGAUUAUGUUGGAUGGUGGGUUCAUUAUAGGACAGCUGAAAUUGUACUGGUGAUUGAUUCUUCUCUAUAUGAUUUUUAUGAAAGGAAUAGCUCAACAUUGAUCGGCGAUCUAUAUGUGAUUUCAAAUGUAGCAGAUUCCAUUUAUGAUGUAUUCGGGAUUAGACUGAUGCUUUUUUCUAUGGAAAUCUGGAAUGAUGAUGAUAAGAUUGUAGUUGAUGAUGUAAGAAAAACUAUUACCUUUUUUUGCAAUUGGAAACAUCUAAACAUGUAUAACCGGCAAAAACACGAUAUGGCAAUGCUUUUCAUAAACAAGAACUUAAGAGGAUUAAGUGGUCUAGGGUUAGUUGCAGGAAUGUGUGUACCUUAUAAGAGCUGUGGAGUUGUUACCUUCUUUAAGAGAAGCCUGUCACUUUGUGCAAUUGCGAUGGCCCAUCAUAUAGGACAUAGUUUGGGCAUGACCCAUGAUGAUUAUCCAUGUGCAUGUGGGAAACCUAAAUGUAUAAUGCAUUUUGAUAAUCCACCAACACCUAAAUUUAGCAACUGUAGCUAUCAACAGUUCUGGUGGUACACCGUGGAAAGGACAACAUGCUUGCUGGAACAUGAGUAUACAACGGACAUCUUUAAUUGGACACGUUGUGGAAAUGGUAUUAUUGAAGCAGAAGAACAAUGUGACUGUGGAACUUUACAGCGUUGUCAAAAAGAUCCAUGUUGUAUGCCAAAUUGUACUUUAACUUCUGGGUCUGUUUGUUCUUCUGGACUCUGCUGCAAAAACUGCCAGUUCUUACCAUUAGGUUCGGUGUGUAGAAAGGAGGCCAAUCUAUGUGAUCUUCCAGAAUGGUGCAAUGGAACUUCCCAUAAGUGCCCAGAUGAUGUGUAUGUGGAAGAUGGAAUUCCCUGUAAUGACACAUCUUACUGUUAUGAAAAAAGAUGCAGUGAUCGUACUUUACAGUGUAAGAGUAUUUUUGGUGAUGAAGCGAAAAAUGCCAAUCUGACUUGCUACAAAGAACUGAACGCCCAAGGUACUCGUUUUGGAAAUUGUGGCACCAGUGGCGUUGUAUAUAACAAAUGCAACACAUCUGAUGUCCUGUGUGGAAGACUUCAGUGUGAUAAUGUGAAACAAGUUCCACAACUGAGUGAGCAUACAACUGCACAUUGGACUCAUUACGAUGACGUAACCUGCUGGGGUACUGAUUAUCACUUUGGAAUGAUUACACCUGAUGUUGGUGACGUGAAAGAUGGCACAGAGUGUGGUGUAGAGCAUCUCUGUAUCCACAGGAAAUGCAUCCAUAUAUCUGCUCUGGAUAGCAAUUGUUCACCUAAAUUCUGUAACAUGAGGGGCAUCUGCAACAAUAAGCAUCACUGUCAUUGCAACUAUUUGUGGGAUCCACCCAACUGUGUGACAGAAGGACAUGGAGGUAGUAUUGACAGUGGCCCACCCCCAAGGAGAGAGAGGGAGAAAAAGUUUUGUUUCUUGUGCCUAAUUUUGCUUAUUCUUUUAAUUUUUUUCUUAUGUUGUAUUUGUUGUCUUUGUAUGAGAAAGAGAAAAGAGCAAAAGGGUCGGAAGCCUCAGCCAGCCACACCUGUUCCUACCCCUGUGAAAUUCUCAAGUCAACCUAUGACACCAAAAUCAUCACUGAAAUCUCCAGCUGGAAGCAUAAGAAGUUUAAGAUAAUAAAAACAGUCCCAAUAUGUUUUGCUUAUUCUUCCUUGUUUUAAUUAAUUUAAAGUUUCUUUUUUUACGCAAAUU